CUGGUUUCCUGCUGAGGAGCCAGUCUCUUCCCCUUUCUGAGAACAUGUUCACUAGCUGAGAAGCGUUGGCCAGGAAUACACACUUGAGCGGCCCCUUGGGAGAGGGUCUCGUCCAUCAGUUCUGAUCAAACACCCAUUCCCAGAGCAGAAAUGUCUGGCAGAGGCAAGAAUCCUCCAGCUUCGGGCUUAGAGCAACAACCACAAAGGGACUUGAAGCAGGGAGAGCUACACAGCCAGGAAUUAUCAGAGGGCCCUACCAUUGAUGUGGGAGUAAUUCAGCCAGAGAAGGCAAGUGGCACAGAGGAGGAUCAACAAAAGGAUCCACAGGUCGUGGACCUCGACCACUACACAAGAAAACAGCUGCUGCAGACCCAAUCUGAACUAGAGAAGUUGAUGAGACCACCUCUAUAUACCCUGACAUCACAGAUCUGGGAGACUAGAAGUGACCCAGGCUGUUCAAUGGGUUUUCACAAAGACUCACGGAGCUCAAGUGAAUUUGAGUCCGAGCUUAGCCUCAGUGAGAUGAAAGAGCGUUGGAGACUCGUCUCUGAUAUCAGAACUUUCAAGAAAGCCAGUUGGGAAGGCAGAGAUGGUGAGUCUUGGAGCCUUUUGAAGACCUUAAAGAAAUAUUUUGGAAGGAAAUCUAAGAAGGCUGGGAGCAGAAGCAAAGGACCACCUCUAUAUACCCUGACAUCACAGAUCUUGAAGACUAGAAGUGACCCAGGCUGUUCAAUGGGUUUUCACAAAGACUCACGGAGCUCAAGUGAAUUUGAGUCCGAGCUUAGCCUGAGUGAGAUAAAAGAGCAUUGGAGACUCAUCUCUGAUAUCAGAACUUUCAAGAAAGCCAGUUGGGAAGGCAGAGAUGGUGAGUCUUGGAGCCUUUUGAAGACCUUAAAGAAAUAUUUUGGAAGGAAAUCUAAGAAGGCUGGGAGCAGAAGCAAAGGUAAGCAAGAAGACUAGGCACAACCCUCAUGUUGAGGCUGGACAAGGGAACCUAGUGGAAAGAAAAGGGUCCCAAGAACAGACAAAAGUGUCAGAGACAUACCCUUUACAAGAAUUAUUAUUGUUGCAUGUAAAGUCCUUGUAUAAGGGAGGUUUAUUAUAGGAAAUGGGGAGGGGAGGACACCAAUGAGGCAGAGAAAGACACACAUACACAAAGAGAGACUGAGAGAAAGACAAAGAGAGUAAGA